CAGUGACUGGCACUUCCAGUGUGGAACAAGAAUAAGUGUGCAACAACUGCGCUCUGGAACUUCUGGGAUGGAGAAUUGCUAGAUGGUUGUGGGUUCUGCCAUGAUGACCGUUCCAGUCGCUGAUCUUGGAUGAGGCCAGUACAUUAUGUACAGUGUAGAAGACCUCCUGAUUUCUCAUGGAUACAAGCUGUCAAGAGAUCUUCCGGCACCACAUGAGGGUCGCCAGCCAGCAAGGGCAAGAGAGAGAGUGGGUCAUGGCUUGCUGAACGGAUGUGAGGAUGCCCCUACUGCCUUCCCACACAGUAAGGCGUCCCAGGGGACAAGACAUGUGAGUGAUUCUGAAAAUGAGCACCAUGCACUGAGAGCCCGAGGAGAGCCCCAGAGCGCCUCUGCUGCCAGGAUGUCUGAGGAGGGGUUUUAUCAUCAACCCAGGCUGGCGUGGUCCUCUCAGCACCAAAGUGGUCACAACCAUGCCUAUUGGAGAAGAGGACAGGAGGUCGGUGGCUUGCUGGCUCCGAGAGACCGAGAAGACCUGGAGGUCAGAGAAGUGGCCCAAGCCCACAGUCUGCCCAUCCACAUGAGAGAGGGUUCAUGGGAAGUUGGAGGAAGGACAGAGAAUGUGAUGAAGAAGGUGGUUUGGGAAGAAGAGCUGAGAAUGGGGGGCCCUGACAAGUGGCAGAAUGUAAGCCUGGAAAGCUGGAACCAUACAAGGAAAUUAGGAAGACAGAUGUCUGAUGGUGAUGGGGAGAAACUGUUUCAAGAUCUGUACCCAUUCAUGCGAGGAGAACAGGUGUUGAAUUCUCAAAGCAAAGGGAAAUCCCAGUCAUUGCCUAGAGUUCUCUCCCCUAAGAGCCUGAGUUGCAUGGAAAUUCCGUUAAGUGAUGGGUAUUUACCAGAUGUUUCUAGAAUGCCAUUUUUUCCUCCAGAUUGUGCACCGAAUUUGGAAUCCACAAGGAACCCUGAGAAGGGUGGCUCCUCUAUCCCCUUACCAUGGCCCAAAUUUGGGAGACCCCUCAAGCCUCCCUCCUAUGACUCCCACCAACACUCCAGGGCGGGAGUGGAAAACAGCGACCAUCUGGACAGCCAACAGGCAGACCUGAGUGUUUCCUACAGGCAGGAGGUCUGCCUGCCCGACUCUGGUUUGGAGCCUCCAGUGUACGUGCCUCCGCCAUCGUAUAGGUCACCACCCCAGCACAUCACAAACCCCUAUUCGGAGGAUGUGGCCCCCAGGCAUGUGUAUGAUGGUCGCCGUCAUCCAACUGAGGAGGCUGCUGCCAGCUUUCAGCUUCCUUCUGGUUCCCUUGGGACUGGAAAUGAGUUCCUGAAACAGCCCCAUCCCAUCACUGCUUACGAUGGCUCUGUUCAGUAUAUUCCCUUUGACGAUCCACGGAUCCGACAUAUUAAACUGGCCCAACCCCAGGGUUUCUGUGACAAAACAAAGGUAGAUGAGAAAUUGUAUAGCUCUGGUCCAGUCUCUGCCCCAGAGCCAGCUCAUGGAAGCAUGCAUCAUGAUGGUGCCGUUUUAAACCCACAGAGCAUCAUGCCCGCAUCAGAGAGAGAGAGAGGCCCUGUCCUUGCCAAUCCCAGUCCCCCAUGGCUGUGGGGCCAACUCCCCAGGGAUGGAGAAAAUGGUGGCUUUCCUGACCAGAGAGACCACUGUGUUAUGAGAGGACAGUGGCCUGACGUGAGAGGCAGCCAACAUGGACAAGCAGAAAGCCAAGUCUCCUCCCCAAACCCACAGGGCGAGAGUACCUGUGAAACCCAAACCAAGCUCAAAAAGUUUGAAACUGGGAUUAAGACCAAGAAAAGUUCAAAGAAAAAAAUGAACGAGACGAUAUUUUGUUUGGUUUCUAUCCCAGUGAAAUCAGAAUCACAUCUGCCAGAUAUAGAUAGGAACAACAAUGACUUAAAACAGAGUGCUGAUAAGAAGCAUGGGCUUGAUAAGAGCCCAGCUCUGCAAGAACAAAGUCUGCUGAGCAUGUCUUCCACCGACCUGGAGCUGCAAGCUCUCACAGGAAGCAUGGCUGGGAGAACAGAGUUUCAAAAACAAGAUCUGGGGGAACCAGAAGAAGACAAACAAACAGAUGACCUCAGAUUCAUUCACCCCAUGAAACACAGAGUACUCCAGUAUUCUGGCUCGUGGCCAGGGCACCAGUACAAAGAUCAGCAAACACAAACCACUUUCACGGAAGAAUCCAAAAGCCCGCAGCCCCUCCCUGCUAAGUCAGGAGGGUCACCUAAUGCAGUGCUGACUCCAAAUUUUCUGGACCCUCCUGCCUCCGAAGCUCAGAUGCACACAACGUUAGCUUCCAGUGACCAGAACCAGAAGCCAAAUGUUCAUCAUCUAAAAGGUCAAGUGUCCCUCAACCCUUCUAGCGACAGUGCUUUUUCAAGGACUUCCUUACUCAGAAACCAGGCACCUAUGCCAACAGUGGGCCAGAGUCAGCCCUGCAUGGAUGACCGUGGACGUGGACCCAGUCCUGUGCCCAGAGGCGAGGUGGUGAAGGGGGCAACCACAGGUCCAUGCAAUAGUCAACAGCUGUUUGGUCAAUUUCUUUUAAAGCCAGUUAGCCGUCGUCCAUGGGAUUUGAUAAGUCAGUUAGAAAGUUUUAAUAAGGAGCUUCAGGAAGAGGAAGAGAGCAGUCAGAGCAGCAGUAGCAAUGAGAGCAGUGAGACAGGAUGGCAGCCAGAAGGCCAUGCUGGCUGCACACUCAGGAAUCUGGGCUUCACUGGGGAGAGCCAGGAAAGGAGAGGGAAGGAACCGCCAAGGGGGGUGGUGCCGGAGGAGCCUGUGUUUAGGUCGGGAAGAGGUAAGAGUAAGUCUGAGAGUUGGAGUGAGGAGCAGAAGCCUGCCACCUGCCACCAGCGUGCUCGUCCUCAGUACCUGGGCCCCUUGCAGGUGGAGGACAGCAGAGGUGAAGCGUUGCUGUCAACACGGGGAAGCCUGAUUACAGAGAGGAGAAACCAAGAUGUCGGGACAAGAAUAAAAGAGCUAGCAGUCAGCCCAAGACCUGUGAAAAGAAUAACAUCUUCUAGGUCACGUGACACUGUGUCCUCAUCUGCUUCAGCUGAACUGAGAGAGCCCCAGGAAGGGCAGGAGCUCCCCAGUGCUGUAAAGUCUGUGGAGCCCAGCCAAGCAGCCCCUCCCACACCUGGUGGUGGGGAGGAGAGGAGCACGGUGGGCCCCCUCUCUCUUGCCAGCAAACCUUUCGGACUCUCGGUACCAGACUUGAGGUCCGUGGGGCUGACUCCAGCACAAGAGUGGAGUGCCAGUAAGUUAGAUGGGUCUUCAGGUGACAAGAGUGCAGUAGAAAUCCCCCCAAAUGAGUCCCUUCAAAUGAGGGCUGCGAGGAUACUGGGCAUCGAGGUGGCCGUGGAGUCCCUGUUGCCGGGCGCCAGGAGAACAGGACAUAACCAGCCCUCUGAGCCUGAUGGCAGUGCCCGAAGGUUGGUGUCCCCUAGGGAGGAACCAGUGUCCAGUCCAGCACAGCCAGAUGAGCCCACAGUUUCCAAUGAUGCCUUUUAUGGCAGGAGAAAGUGUGGCUGGACCAAAAGCCCUCUGUUCGUAGGGGAAAGGGACAGUGCCCCGCAGGCUCCAAGGACUUCUGAACUCUCUGGUGUGGACAGGGUCGUCCCCAGCAAGGCCACUGACCCAGAGUCUCAGCCCAGUGACUUGGAGUCCUUCAAUCACAAGGGCAUGGGGACAGAACCACCCUUCAGGUCCACUUUGUUCCAUUUUAUAGAAAGGGCUCCAAAUGUGGCAGGAUCAGAAAAGAGGCUCAGAAGUACUUCCAAAGUGAUUGAAAGUUUACAAGAGAAACUGGCUUCCCCCCCCAGGCGAGCCGACACUGACCGCUUGAUGAGGAUGAAAGAGGUGAGCUCCAUGUCUCGGAUGAGGCUCCUGAACUCCCGGAGCACUGACUCCGUGGAGGAUGCUGAGGAACUGAAGGCUGAGAAGGGCCCAGGAGCUCAGCCAAGAGGCCUGGUGUCUCUGACCACUGGGGACCUGGCCCGGAAGGUGGGAAAUACAUUCUCUGUCUCCAAGAGCGCCCUCUCACUGGAAGAAAAUGGGCAUCUGGAACCAGGAAGGGAGAAGAACUUGGAUCGGGACUUCUGGUGCCCAGGUGAGGAGUCAGAUUCGUAUGACCCUAGCAGAGUGGAGCGGGUGUGAUGAGAUGCCAGUGAAGUGCAUCCACCAUAGUUGCAAAUUGAGUGUUCUGUAUCAGCUGGAAACUGCUGGCUGUUAGUGCUCUGUGGUAUCACUACCCCUGCUACCAGGAGACUCGUCAUGCCUUCAGAAUCGCUUUGUGGAAGUAAAGAAGUAGUCCAUUGAAACUAUCUGUUUUUACAAAUGAAGAGUUAAUACCUGUGUUUAGAAGAGUCACAUGGACUCUCCUGCAUGAUGGAUUUAGCCAAACUGGUAAAAUGUUUGGUGUUAAUCUGCUUCUGUGACAAUUUGAACAUGGACAAUAGAGUGAAUGAUUUUUGAAAUGACUGUGAAUGUCAUAAAUUCCCUUUCACAUCUCCAGGGCCUAUGGUCCAUGCUCAUGUAAAGGAAUUUGGGACAGCGUUUCUGCACUUUGAGUUUAGGGGAAAUGUGAAUGACUAUAUCUGAUCCAUUCUAAUCAAUUUGGCCUUCUGCUGCUGGAAGUAA